GCGUGUACUCAUUGAAUGGAGCGGUCUUAACUUUGGACCACGCUUUGCGGUUAUUAUUGAGGUCCGCCCUCUCCUUAUUUAGGUGAAGAUGUUGCAAUACAAGCAAUUUGUCAGAGAUUACGAAUAGCUAAUCUUUCCAGCAAUUGUAAUCUUUGCAAAGUAAACUUGUUCUUCUGUCCACAUCCUUUGUUAGACCGGGUGAGUAAACAACUGACAGCCAAAUCCUUUUAAAAUUUAUAUAUCCACUCAAAUGCCGUCGCAUUUCAUACUUCGUUACAAAGGUGUCUUCACUGUUUGGCCGGAAAACAUCACUGAAGUGUACGUACAUCUGCCAAAGUGAAGUAAAGAUACUGUUGCUCAUAAAGACGGCACCCGACUGUGUUUUCAACGUUGACGUGUUGUGAAAAAAAGAAAGAAAAUGAAAAAAACUCACUGCCUUUUGUAAGAAUUGUUGAUUGUUGUUUAUGAUAAUGGCUACGCAUAGCGUGUCGCCCCGCAAUACGCUAGCGAAGUUUGCUCCUUCGCGCGCUUUCGAAGUUACUACGCCGCAGCCCUCUCCACAAGCCGUUCCAUUUUUCCGAAUGACUUCCGCCACUUUUUUGCUAACCAUUCUUCCUUGUGCAAGGCCCUGCUGGUCAGUCCUCACUGGUCAGUCUUCGCUUUCAGCGUUUACCGAGAUGUUUCAGAUUGCUUACGCGUGACCCAUUCUUCCGUCCGCACGGGUACUGCGUAGGCGUGUCUGCCGGAGCUAUCAAGUGCGUGCAAGUUGCCGGUGUUUCAACCACGGCGAAAUAUGUGGUUGAAUUCUGCUCGAAAAGGAAUACAUGUUAUAUUACCGUUGGAAUGUCUACGUUCCUCGAACGCGUGAAAACUUUGGUGUCAUGUUUCGGUUGUAGCUAGCGUUACAUGUGCCGUGUAAUAGCUGCAUCGGUCGUGCUUUUAAUGUUAUGUGCACUUUUGUGGCUCAAACUUUGGCAUGGACAGGUUAUAUUAAGGGUAGGAUCUGCUCGCUUGUCGCUACAUUAUAAUACAUAAAAGAGCGCUUGGGGAUCUAAUAAACGCACGACCCGUUUGCCUUCUUGGAUAAAAAAAAAAUAAAAAAAAUUGUGUACUGUUCAUCUUUUCACUGUUGUAUGCGUGCGAAUAACGCGCUGCUCAGAAUAACUGAGCACAAACUUUUAAUGGGAUCAUUUCAGUUUUCAAUUAUGAACAUACCAUGGACGAAACAAGAGGCCACAGUGAUCAUCCUUUGCCUCAUCUCCCUGUUCACGAGGGCCUCACUAGGAAAGAAAAUCGCUUUGCAAUCUUCCAAGGGCCAAGAUCCACUGAUGGCGUCUGAACAGGUAGGACCAUCUGGGAGAAUUUUACCAGCAGCAUCCUAUGACAAGUCCUCAUCUAUGUGGCGGGAUACGACGUUUACCAUGCCAACAACACCGGCCCAGCGUAAACGAGAUCAACGGCCACCCAAGCAAAGUCUGUUGCCCAGGGAGAAGAAGCCAAACAUCAUACUCAUUUUGACUGAUGACCAAGAUAUUGAGCUUGGUUCAAUGGGCUUUAUGCCAAAGACACUGCAGAUUCUUGGUGAGGGAGGCGCCCAUUUCCCGCAGGCUUACGUUUCCACUCCAAUGUGCUGCCCUUCACGAAGCUCUAUGCUCACGGGCCUUUAUGCUCACAACCAUCACGUGCUCACGAACAGUGAUAACUGCUCCUCGCCCCAGUGGCAGCAGGAGUUCGAGUCUCGCUCAUUUGCUACGUACCUGAGUGCAGCAGGCUAUCGAACAGCCUACUUUGGCAAGUACCUGAAUGAAUACAAUGGCAACCACAUUCCAACCGGCUGGCGGGAGUGGGCCGCUCUAGUCCGCAACUCGCGCUUCUACAACUACACUGUCAAUGUCAACGGCCACAAGCGCAAGCAUGGUCUGGACUAUGUUCGCGACUACUAUCCUGACCUGGUGACGAAUGACAGUGUGGCUUUCCUGCGCCAGUCCAAGCAACUGUUUCCAAAUCGCCCAGUGAUGAUGGUUGUCUCCUAUCCGUCCCCGCAUGGCCCAGAAGACUCGGCACCCCAGUACCAACAUCUUUUUCAUAAUAUCACGACACACAGGACACCAAGCUGGAAUUAUGCUCCAAACAUGGACAAGCAGUGGCUAUUGCGUUACACUGGCCAGAUGGAGCCGAUUCACAUCAAAUUUACUGAUAUGCUUCAUACAAAGCGGCUCCAGACUUUGCAAACUAUCGAUGAUGCUGUGGAAAAGCUGUACAAUGAACUUUUAAGCUUAGGAGAGCUGAACAACACCUACAUUUUCUACACAUCUGAUCAUGGCUAUCACCUUGGCCAGUUUGGCCUUGUGAAAGGAAAAUCGAUGCCUUUUGAAUUUGACAUUCGGGUACCCUUCUAUGUCAGGGGGCCGAAGGUACCUCCAGCAACGAGGUUAAAAGAUAUUGUACUGAAUAUUGAUUUAGCACCAACCUUUCUAGAUAUUGCUGGCAUUGAUGUUCCGGAGCAUAUGGACGGCAAGUCGAUAUUUCCCAUAUUGGAAGAUGCCUUCGAUUCCGUGAGAAGUGGCCACAGGCGAACUGAGAUAAAACGGAGGAAAUCAUGGCGAGACAGCUUUCUGAUUGAAAGAGGCAAAGUUUCGAAGGAUCACUUGUAUGACGGAACCUACAACUCGACCAAGGAGCGCAACCUGCACGUGAAGUGUAUGUCUGGCAGACACCCUUCGCCAUGUCAGCCACAUCAGAAAUGGGAGUGCAUUCACGAUGGCAGGCGUUGGCACAUGCGUCGUUGCAAGCACCCGCGGCUCCAUCACCGUAAAACCUGUGUCUGCAAGGAGCACAAUGAGGACCACUUGCCCGAAGUGGACAUUGGUGAGAUUCCAGUGCCGAGUGGGGUCAAGCUGAAGAAGCCCAAGGAACAUCGCCACCAUCACCACCACGGUCAGCAUUCGCACACAAUCCAAGAGCUGCCUUCUGCUACAUCGUCUGCAAGCCAGACUAUGCUUGCUGCCCAUCGCCUGGAGCCAUCUACUAACUCCCAGCUCACGCCAGAGGAACGCAAGCAGCAACGGAAGUUUCUUCGAGAGCAUGUGAAGCAGUCCUUCAGGCCUGUCUUCAUGGCGGUCCGGUUGAAGCGGCGCGCAGAUGCAGUGACAGAAGGCUUUGACCUGACAGACGACAAGGCUGUAUCUGCUUUUCUGAGUGCAACAGCAGACGAGCUGCUUGAAGAGGAGAUGAAGUUGCUAGCACAUACCAAUGGCACUGGAGACCAGUCGUGGGGAGGUGCGCUGGGCGACGAGCCAGUUCCCAAACGCAACGGCAACAGCCAGUGCAGUCCCAGUGAACGCUGGUGCGUUGUUGCCGGGGAAGGAAUUGGUGGUGGCAGUGGCAAUAGGCAAGACGGCAGGCCGGCACGGCCUAACCACAAUGCCAAGCGGCUGUGGCGUCAGAAGAAGGAGCACAUUGACGCUCUCAUCCGUCGACUACGACAGAAGCUAGAACAGCUCAAAGGGCUGCGGAGGACGCUCAAGAAGCAUAAGACUAAGCACCGCCAUCACAAGCACCUGCUGCCAUUGCCGACCGAGGUCCCCCUCGUGACGGCAAGAGGAGGCAGGGCGAGGGACAUCGAAGAAGGUGACGGUGACGAAGACGAUGAAAGAGAAUACGAGGAGGAAGUCUCCAUUCCAAGGCAGUGCCAAUGUGCUAAUGGCCAGCGGGGCACUCUUGUAAAAGACAGCCAAGAAGAUCUCGGUAGUGAGCAUGCAAGGACCAAGGAAGAGAAACUGAGGCGCAAGGAGCGAAAAUUUCGCCGCAAGUCAAAGUUCCAAAACACGACGUGCAACCUCGAGAAAAUGAAUUGCUUCACUCACGACAACAACCACUGGAAGACUGCACCCCUUUGGACAUAUGGUCCAUUUUGUUUCUGCCAGAAUGCCAACAACAACACAUUUUGGUGCCUGCGAACAAUCAACGAGACGCACAAUUUUCUCUACUGUGAAUUCGUCACUGGCUUCAUUACUUUCUACGACAUGAGAACUGAUCCUUAUCAGUUGCGAAAUGCAGUCCACGAUUUGUCGACGCAGGAGGUUCAAGAGCUGCACAACUCUCUUGAAAGAUUAAAAAGGUGCAAAGGCUCUCGAGAGUGUCACUUGAAGUACAGACCAGAGGGACGACGAGAUUUUCCCGGAUCCGUUCGUACGAAGCAUGAUAGGCAUUGGAAAAGUAGUCAUCCUGAAUGAUAGAGUGGAUGUAUGACUGCUACUUUACACAAUAAGGAAUUCUUCUCUGCGUCUCCCGCCAAGGAAAUGCGCACGAAGGACAUCACAAGCCACCCCAUAGAUGACACGUCAGAAGUUCCUGCAGCCAAUCUUUUCUUGCUGCCCUACUUUUUGCAUUUGUGUCUUUUGCACAAACUCUGCAUUUACUAUCUUUCUUUCCCGAACAAACUCUAGUGCACCUCAUACAUGGCAUACUGUAUGUGCAUGUGUAAGGGUCACACCUUUUUUUAGUGUUCUUAACGUGGUGCAACUGUAACACAGGGCUGGGCCAUCACAGUCCAGUUAUUCUGGCCGUGCAUAAAUCCACAUGGUCCCUGUGAACCAAAAGAGUGAACAUUUUUGUUUUCAUUAUAGAUUGCUUGCUCACGGAUGUGCGUCAUGCCCCAGGCGCCCAUCUAGAACUGGCGACUCUCACUGUCGCCGCUGCUCGGGCUCUGUUUGGCAGCACACUCAUGGAUGCAGUCGUCACUCAUGCCAUCUGUGUUAUCAGACACGUCUGUGAAUUCAAAGCUCUCUACAACAAUGUCCAAAAAUAUCAUAGUCCACAUGCUCAGAAUCGGGGACGAUCUGCAAUGAUGACUUUGUUAAAUUGCAAAUUUUGUGCUGCCAAGUUGGGCGUGCAGCUCUUAUACAAGUGCGGCCCCUACUCGAGUGUAUACAGCACAUUUCCGUAACUGCAACAAAAGAAAGUCUGGUUGACCCUAAAAAAGAUAGAUACUAUUCCAAGUUCAAGGAAGAAAAGUUCUGAAGUACUGAAACUUGGGUGCAUUUUGAAUUUCAUUCUAAAUGGGCUGUCAAACCUGCAAGAAGCAUCUCCUAGGAACUGCCUAGGCGGCGUCCUGUUAAACCACUAAGAGCUGUCUAGGAGGUACGUUUGGUAAACGAAUAAGCAUGCGCUUGGCUUUCUCUCUCUCGGACCGAAUUACAAUAUUGUUUAGUGGAGGAGUGGGAAUUGUUGACUUGAUAGUGCUGCCAUGUUUUACUGUAGUUCAAAAGAAUACUCUGAAGAAACAUUUGCACUAGUGCACUCUUGAUUUAGAAUUGUGGAUUUUUCUGGCUGUAAUAUUUUCACUUAGACUUGGCAAGUUUCUGUGGUGUCAGGGACAUUGUUGUUAUAAUUUCUUGUUUCGUAUUUGAACCGCACAUGUCUUUUCAGUUCACAAAAGUGGUGACCACCUGCUAUCGUCUUGAGGACAGCAUUUGUGUCUUCUCGCUGAUUACCUGUUAGCCUAAAACUAUUGUAAAUCAUAUUUGCUUUUGCUUUCUUAUAGUCUCUCCAGCUGUUUUAAUUAUUAUAUAUACUAUAUGUAUUAGUCAAAAGUAAUUCUUAUGGCCUAGCUUGGAUGUGUGGCCAGCAUAAAACUAGAUUUUGUUAGGUGCUUUCUUAUUUGUUGUGUAUAAUUUCUGUUGCAGAUGUAUUUUUGUGCUAUUUUUAUUAGUACUUUUUCAGUGUCUCACAGCCUUAUUGCUGAAUCUCACAUUGUUUUCUUUCUAGAAUUUUUUUUGAUAGACUGCAAACUGUGCUUUAUACUUGGUAUGGAGCUGUUGCUCCGAAAUAUGUUUUGCUAUCUUUUUAUUUUGGAUUUAAGCUUUUGAUAAAUGUAUAUAUACACAUAUGUACUAUGAAUACAAAUCGGUCAUGCUUAGCACUGGAACAAUUUUGUUAUCUAUUUACAUUGCAAAACUUUUUAUUCUGCGAUGCCUAUUUAUCAAUGACAUAAUUUUUUAUGUUGUGUUGUUGCAUCGGUUGCUAUCUGUUGAUUUGUGUGCAUCAUAGAUUGCUCAUGCAGCUGCUUUAACCGUGUGAAAAAUGUACAUAAUUAUUUGUUCUUAAGCAACUGUUGAGGGUAGCCGUGUGAAAUAUUGUGCAAAUGAUAGUUAGACUUCAGUGCGAGUACCAAGGACGUUUACUUCUUGGAAGUGCUUGUAUGAAUAGGAAGCCUGUCUAAAACAAAUGUGACUGCCAUGUUAGUCUUGUGCUUAAUUAUGCACAAGUACUUUGUAGCAUACUUGCCUUGGCACCAACCACGCAGAGGAUCUAGAAUACUGUGCAGUGCUUUCUGCAAGCGCUUCUUUUUGGUUGUGUAACAUUGUUUCGAGGUUGUGUUGGUUGUAUAGAAAUAGAACUAGGGAAUUGUAAUGUGCUUGGCACAUUACUUACUUGUCUGUUUGCUUCUUUUUGUAGGUUUGUGUUGAUUUAGGUUCUCUUAAUGUCUUCAAUAGUGCAUUGUGCUUGGUAUAUUGUAUAACAGUACAAGCAUUGCAAAAAUUUGUGUUAAAUGAAUACUAAAGGCAAAUACUAAGUUGAUGUGGACUGUUAAAAUACCAUUCCAGAAACUUCGCAGCACUUGUUUCAUACCAAGAAAAGACUUAGUUUAUGAGAAAAUUGUGUCAAAAGAGUCGGCAUGCCUUUAGCACAAUUCAAAAUAUUCACACUCCAUGCUUUGGGGCAGGGAGUGUUGACGUUACUUAUGCCAUCACCGCCCUUUAGUGACGUCGGGGAGUAAAACGGCACCCGACAGACGGCAGUACUGUUUUCUGUGUAAAACAGAUGUGCGGCCAUGGAGACACUGAGCCAAGAUAUAGUGUGGAUUCGCCGGUGCAUCUACUCUUGGUCAAGUGGCUUGGACUGUUUGGAAAUCCGGUGACAUCACUUGAAAGUGGCAUUCUCUACUACUUGCACUUUGAGUUUCAUGAGCCAGUAAAACCAGCUCAGCAGCAUGCAAUAAUGAAACUACAGAAACACAAAAGCAGGGUGGUGCAGAAUGUAGCAAACGAAGCCUUUUGACCACCUGCAUCAUUGUCAAUGUCGAGUUCUUUUUUCUAAAAAUCAAAUAGAACUGUACAAGUAAUGUUUUCUUCAAUCUUACAAUCCUUUACAAUGAUCUUUUUAUUACAAGUGGUGAGCACUAGUGACAGAAUUACGAGGAGUGUCUCCGUAAUCGGGCUAGUACUUGAAUGUCCAAGGGGAGUCUAAUUGUAUCCUGCAUUUACCUCAAUUUCUCAAUUACCAAAUCUCUGUUUGGGUUGACAUUGACGUUCUUGGGCACUAAUUUAUCACAUUAACUUAACAUUUGCCUUUGGUGUCCCUUUAAAGAUAACUUGUGAUGCAGCUGUUAGGGGUCACAAGCUGCACUUGUUGCUUUGUGUAUUAUGGCCUAGAUAAAAUAACUGUUUCGCUCUUUACCUUGUGGUUGUGACUUCUUGUGAUAAAAAGCAUAAUUUUGAGGUUUCCUGCUGGUUUAUGAUUAGACACCUUGGCAUUGGCUAGCAGACUUUUAUGUAAAGUGUUAAAGGUGGUUCAUUAUGUUUUCUAACCAGUUGAAUUGAUGGUUGUUCAGUUACCUGUUUCUCCAAUCAAUUACCUUUUAUGUAAUUCAAGUACAUUUUUGAGAAAGCAGGUUAUAUAGGGUACUCUCACUUCCAACAUGUAGAGAAAGUAUGUUGCCACAAAGAAUUGUAAAUUGUCCAUUCUGAAGCAAUUGUUUUCUGAUAAGAUAGCAAAUACUUACACUUUUGCAUUGAAGCUUCCAUGUGUAUUGCAAUAGAAAUAUUAAAUAGACAUUGACCACUA